AUGGCAGCUGGCAGUGAGUAUGCAUCCAUCUCUCGACCAAAACAGUGGGAAGUACCUAAGAGGAAUGUGCGCAUUGAUAGGAAAUUGGGCUCAGGCCACUUUGGACAAGUCAUGAAGGGUUAUUUGAAGACGAAACGAGGCAUACAGGUUGUAGCCGUAAAGAUGCUAAAAGGUUUGUAUGCUUACUUACGGUUGGACUGAUUUUCUCUGGCUUAACUGGCGCAAGCUCUGGCGUGGUAGGGACUAAGAUCUCAUCGUGUUUGUCCUGAAACGUUUCUCUUCGUUGCAACGCUUAAGAUAGCGGUGACGAACAUUAUUUAAGAAUAACUCGAGAAAUGCUCAUAUACUAAAGGAUUCCAUGCGUCAAGGGCUUUAGGUUGCUUGAACGCUCUCAAAAUUCAAGUCGGUUGUCUUCAAUUGUAAACUGAGAAAAGUAAUUUUAAGAUUUUGGCGAGCGAUCGCCUAUGAAAAAACUCGGCCGCCAUCUUGAAUCUAGAACUCUUCCCUUCCCUCUUCCGUCUAACUCUAAGAUAAACAUGGUGACUCGACAAACGGUCACCUGCCUUAACGUAAACAUGCCCUCCAUGGUAUGAGACUUCCGAAGCAGAGUGGCUCAUUCGCGAUAUUGUUAUCUCUGACAGAAAAUGCUGAUCAGCAACAAAAGAAAGAGUUUCUUGAUGAGUUGGAACUAAUGAAACCCAUGGUACCUCAUCCAAAUAUUGUUGGUCUGGUUGGGUGUUGUACUAAAUCAGGUGAGUGGAGAGAGUUAAAGUAUAUGGAGUGGCGCCUGAUUUUGUUUGUCGAGAGGACAAUUUUUUACCCAAGAAAAAAGAAUGGAGUUUCUCUAGCAAGAUUGAACGUACAAGCACCAUAACAGACAGUAAGCAGUUUAGUUUUACCUUCCUUCGCAUCGGGAUUAAUUGGGAGAGUAUUAUCCGACGCCGCCUUCCUCUCCAAUCGUAUUCAUCAUUUACUGUAUUGUAUUCAUCGAUUUUUGAACCCUGGACAUUGCUAAUGAGAUGCGUUGUGGGGUAAAAGAAAGGAGAAGCUUGGGAAGAAAUGGUGUCAUAAUCUGGAGGAGAAAUUGUUUGAAUAAAACGAACUAAAAUCUCCAUGAAUCAAGCCGAGUUACUUGACACAGAUUAAAAAUCUCUAUCACGUGAGGGAAAUCGAAAUGUUAAGAAUGAAAUUAUAAAAGUUUUUCCUUUUUUCACUUUAAACAGAUCAGCCUUUCAUAAUCGUAGAGUACUGCUCCUCGGGGAACUUGAAAGAUUUCCUUAUUUCCAGUCACGGCAGUGUUGUUUACGCCAACAUGGCAGGUAAUAGUGUGUCUUUGACGAGCCGUGACCUGAUGUCAUUUGCGUGGCAAGUUGCUCGUGGAAUGAGUUACCUUUCAAGUAUGAAGGUAAGUUGAAUUUUUUUCAGUCUUAAAUUUUACUACUGCGUAAGUAUUGUCAUAACUGCAAUGAUCUCUCUCGUCUUCAUUUUUAAAUCCGCCGUUCAAAUAUAUGAAAUCUAUAUAUUUUAAGUCAUUCAAGAUCUUCAGUAUGAUAAUCCACAUCUCGCGCACGGUUAUUGUAACAAGAUAGGAUGUAAUCAUCGGCCAAUCAUAGUUCACGCUUCUCUUUGAUCGCGUGAGCAAUUCAACUUCCAUCAUUUUUUCACUCCUCUGUAACUUUCGCGCCCUUUACAAAUCGCUUUAGUUUUACUAACUGUGUGCCUAUGUCUUGUUGGGAAAUACUUUUGAACAUGUGUUGUGUAAUAAUUUUAACUUGCUAUGAUUUGCUUUGUAGCUUGUUCACAGAGACUUGGCUGCUAGAAACAUUCUGGUGGACAAAGGAAACAUUUGUAAGAUUUCUGACUUUGGUCUAGCCAGAGAUAUUUACGAGAAGAAACAAUACCUAAAGUUAGGAGAGGUAGGUUGGUUACUAAUUCUAGAGUAAAUGAUGGAGUUUUUAGUAAAAAUCAAUCAUUUACUCAAGAUUUCUGUUAGAGUUUAAAAGGUUUAUCCUGUUUAAUUUCGUUUCCUAUGACAUAUCGGCUUCCAUCGACUGAGAGCAUACUCAGAGUGAAAGUGAUAGCGGCCGACAUUAACUCUCGCGAACUGCUACAAUAGUGAAGUAUUAUCUUAGAAAAAGUUUAUUUUCAUACCUUCAAACUAAUGUUAUGAACAAUCCCUUCAACAUUUAUUUUACAUUUGAUACAUUCGUACUAUUUUUUUUUAAAUUUCUCCGAAACACCAAACAUGAUUUUUGCACAUCGAAAGUAAUAUCCUGGCUAACGAGACCGCAUAGUUCUUUCAGAAAUCGUUUUAAAUGGAAACGUUUGACUAUAUAGCGCUUUUAUGGUGCGGUUAAGGGGCUCGUGUCUUGAAAUUCUUGAAAAUAACAAAUUUUAACAGUACAGAAACAGUUUCUGGCACCCUAACCGAUACAUUUGGUUUUUUUAGCUGAUAGUUUUUUGUUUCGUUUCCAAAACCUUUAAAACCCAUUUCUGGAAUGAAAACAGAACAGCAUAACGGGCCUCUACGGGCCUGUAUAGUUACGGGAAAUUUCGAGAAAUGUUCCCCUUUUACGGUUACCCGGUGAAUAUGGUCCCCUUCUAUCACCCCGACCUGAUAGGUGUCCAGAGGCCAACGAAUGGUCAACGAAAUAGGUUUAAGUUAAGUUUAAGACCUUAGUCAUUGCAAUAAUGUUGUUGCCUCGCAACUCCAAAAGCCAACUGAAUCAGUUGUCGGAGUUUUGCUAUACUGAAUUUGUUAUUUGUGUAAGUAACUGUGUGGUAGAGGUGUUGACAUCAGUGAUAUUUGAAAGCCUUGGCUUUUAUUCAUAUGACUUGGCGACGUGAUUGGUUUUGUUGUUUUUUUUUUUGUCAUUUUUAGGCAGAAUUACCUCUUCGCUGGAUGGCGUUAGAAUCAAUAUUUAAGGGAAUCACUACCACAGAAAGUGACAUGUAAGUUGUUGCAUAACAUUGUCGUAAUUCUUGCGAGUUAAUCAUGUGAUAGUUGAAACAUAGGAGAACGAUAUCUUCAAGAAAAUUUCUUUUUGUUGCUAAAACUUUGAAAGUUGCAAAUUUGCUAUUAGUAUACACCAAAUAGGUGAAUAGUGCUAUUUGCGCGCGCUGAUUGGUUGGUACGGAAGUGAAUAACGAGGACCAUUGACCUCUGAGCAGGCGAAGAGGCAAAAUGGUGCGUCAACAAUUUAAUUUCUGACCAUAUUUGAAAGAAAAAAACUAAUAUUUUGGAAUCUGUGUGGUAAAUACUGAAACAAUUACUCAACUCAGCGUUGGUGAAAGUGGUGGAUAUUUACCACUACUCAUCUCCAUUUCGGUGAAUAAUUGUUAAUUAUGUUAUGUCUAAAUUAGAAAUAUUGUUUAAGUGGAAUGAAUAUCUUAACGCUGUUUGGAUGAAGCAGUUUCUUAAUAACUCGUCAUAACAAUGGCUCACUAUGUUUGUGCUUAAUUACAACGUGUCGGGUGCCAUUUUUUGUUAAUAAUUUUUCUUUUCUUGCAGUUGGUCAUAUGGCAUACUUCUGUGGGAGAUUGUCACUUUAGGUAAAGGUUCCACUCCAUAUUUACCAAUUCUCUGUCAGCGUGCGUUCAUCGAGUUAUAAGAAGCACGCAGUAAGUGUGGAGAUCACGGGAGAAGCGUAAGAGUUGCUCGAGACGUAGCUGAUCUCCAACCCUCUUAUUUGAGUGUUGUUAUCCUUAACUUUCCUUGUGUUAAAAAAAUGUACGAUAUCAUUUAUUUAGGUAGUUUUAUUUCUAUUGCAGGGGCUAAUCCCUAUCCUGGUAUGAACAGAGAUCAAGUGAUAGCUCAGCUGCAUAUUGGUUACAGGAUGCCCAAACCACAAUACUGUUCUGAUGAAGUGUGAGUAGUUUUGUCGCUAAAAAUUGUUCUAAGCUUGCAGUGGUCACAAUAUGGGAAAAAUAUGCGUUUCUUUUCUCAUUUGUGAACAAAAGAAAGGAUUUCUAUUAUCUACUUCAGCCAGAAUGCCUUUGUGUUCAAGAAGUUUUCUUGAAGUACAGUUGGAAUUUAAGAUCUCUAGUGUCAAUGGUAAACCUUCUACUCUGGGUAGAUAUUUUUUCCUGAAGCUUAUUCGCACAUUCAUCCGCAAAGAAUGCCACUUAGCUCAGUAGGUUGUCAGCGUUGAGCUUUGACGUAUCGCUUUUUUUCUUUUUCUUUUUUUCUCAGAUUUCGGUUAUGUUUCCUUUGAUUUCAAACCCUAUGAAUUUAAUACUUAGAUAAGAGAUGUUCUCUUUGUUGUAGAUAUGCCAUCAUGUGGCAGUGCUGGCAGCAAGAACCAGAGGCCAGACCAACUUUCCUUGAAAUAGGAAAAACUCUACACAGACUGAUGACAGCAGAAAGGGUGAGUUCAAAAGAAAGGCUACAAUUGUAUAAACUUGACGAUCGUGAAAGUUGAUGGGGAAAAGUCCAUAGCAUGGUAUUUUGGAGCAAAGAUGCUUUAAAAUCUUUUAAAAUUGUUAGACAACAAACAAGAAUAUCUAACCCUUCUGAGGGCUCGAACCUCAGAUAUACAAAAUUGAGGUUUGGGGGUUGAUUCCUCAUUGGCAACUCAGAAUUUUUCUUGGUCCCGCGCUGGUGACAAGACGAGGAAACAUCGGUUUCUGUGAGAAAUAAUUUUUCAAUGUUGUUGUUGUUGUCUUUUUUGUGACCAUCUAUUUGGCUCAAAAGCACUUCACAUCCUGGCGUGUUAUUGUUUUAUCUCCAUUAAUGAAGAAAUUUUCUUAAGUUUUCAAGUUUUUCAUGAAAAGUUAUAUGAAUAGUAAUACGAACGAAAACUGGUAUGGAGAACUUUGGCAAAAACUUGUUCUUUGCAUUAUAAGGUGAUGUUCAUCACUGAGGUCUUUUUCUUUCUUCUUUAACAGAUCUCGAUUGAUCUGAACAAUUUUGACGCAAGUUACAUCAAUGCCACUGAAGAACGGUGA